AGGCCCGCCACGCCUAGGAGCUCGCGCUCUGGGCGCGUAUCUGCCCGUCCGCGCGCUACGGGAACGCAAGAUCGCGAAGAGCCCCCCCUGAAGAGGAGGAAGUACAUCCCAGGCGGUCCUGGCGGCGGCGGCAGGUUCAUCCUCACCGACGACAUUAUCGAGGCACCGACAGGUCAGUCUCGUGCUGCUUCGUCCAGAUCUCGAAGCACCGCCCAGAGAUCCUCGAACCGUUCCCGCGCCCCACUCGUCCCGCGAGAGAGACGCACGCGCGCCCGAGCCUCCGCAACCCGUGCAGACGACGAGAUGGAGUUCAGCUCUGCGGCCGCCGUUGCUGCCGCCGUCGCACAGAGUGAGGGAUACAAGCCAAGAGAAGAACGCGGCUGGGAGGAGUUCCACCCAAAUCUUGACAUAGAGGCGACCUUUAUGGUCUUCCACGCCGAGGACGUCGAUGGCACCCGAAAGUCGACCCCUCCGCCACAACCUGCCCCUAUUCCUCCUGCCUCCCAGAGUACUACCGUCAAUGGCGCUAGCACUCCCUCGAAGGACGCCAGCGGCACUGCUAUAGGGGCUGCAGGCGAGUCUGCGACACAGCUGGAAGGGACCGCAGCGACUCCAACCACGGUCGUGGAGACGCCUACGAGACGGCGGACGACCCGUCCGAGGGAUGCCGUAUCCUUCUAUGCGACGCGUUCAGACUUGGGCCAGACCCCGAAAACGCCCAAGGUCCUGUCCACCUUGAACCAGACGCCCAAAGAACGCCUUGAUUUGAAGAACCCUUCCUACCGGAAGACGGACCGGAUAUUACUCUUCGAGAGCAAGACAUUCGGCCAGGCAAAAUAUGUCGACAAGGCUAUGAUGAAUGCGGGCUAUCAAGAGAGCGACAAUUUCAUUCGGCCCGAGCGACGUCUCUUGAAGGCAAGCGAUGCCCACGUGGACGAAGAUGUGGACCAGCUGCUUGGGCACAAGGCGGAGGGCGAAGUGGUUGUCCCCUACAGCGGAUCCAAUAUGGGCCGCGUUGAAUAUGAUAUGGAUGAACAGGACGACAUGUGGCUGGAAACACUUAAUUCACAGCGCAAAGCACACGAGCUGGAACCUGUGACCCGUGAGGUCUUCGAGAUCACGAUUACCAAGAUUGAGAAAGAGUGGCAUGCUCUGGAGAAGAAGAUACCAAAGCCCAAUCCAAAACCACCACAGACGCACCGGCCAAGGUCAAGUUCAGCUGCGGCCGUGAAUGGCGAGGGGGCGGGUGAGGAGCAGGACAGCAAGUGUGCCAUAUGCGACGACGGAGACUGCGAAAAUACCAAUGCGAUUGUGUUUUGUGAUGGCUGCGAUCUUGCGGUGCAUCAGGAAUGCUAUGGAGUACCUUUCAUUCCCGAAGGACAGUGGAUGUGUCGAAAGUGUCAGCUCGCAGGUCGUGGAGUUCCAACUUGCAUCUUCUGCCCCAACACGGACGGUGCGUUCAAACAGACCAACAACUCGAAAUGGGCCCAUCUGCUCUGUGCAAUGUGGAUUCCGGAGGUUUCUCUUGGCAACCACACUUUCAUGGAGCCCGUGAUGGACGUGGACAAAGUCCCCAAAAAUCGCUGGAAACUGCAGUGUUACAUCUGCAACCAGAAGAUGGGCGCCUGCAUACAGUGUGGCAACAAGGCGUGCUACCAAGCCUUCCAUGUCACAUGUGCACGGCGGGCGCAUCUGUACCUCAAGAUGAAGAACAACCAAGGCGCUCUCGCAGUGCUGGAUGGCGGUAUGGUGCUCAAGGCUUUUUGCGACAAGCAUUGCCCGCCAGACUAUGAAGAGGAGCACGGCGUGGCUGCUGCGUUCAAGGAGGCCAAGAAGUUCUACAAGCGCACGAUGAAAGGCCGGAUCUGGGCAAACAGUCAGGAUUCAGCUCGACAGCUGGCGGCGACCCACCGGCAUGCUUUCACCGAACACCCACCCGACGAGUCGCAAAUGAUCGGAGCCAAGCUCUCUGGUGGCGCGGGCGACAAGAAGAAGGGGCAGACCGGAAAGAUCUGGAAGCUGCCUUCAGGAGCACCAGUAAUCCCACAAGCUGUCUUCGACCUGGUAGAGGCUGGGCUGGCACGUUUCAGCCUGCGGAAGCGGAAGGAGUACGUGGCCGAGGCAUGUCGAUACUGGACCCUGAAGCGAGAGUCUCGCCGGGGCGCCGCGCUCUUGAAGCGUCUGCAACUGCAGAUGGAGUCUUUCUCGUCCAUCGAGCUGACAAGACGGGAUUUCGCCGCCAUGGGUCCUUCUGGCAAAACUCGUCUGGCUCGGCGUAUCGAGUUUGCCGAGACCCUCCUAAAUGACCUCGAACAGCUCAAGUCUCUUACCGACGACGUCGUGAACCGCGAAUUGGACAAGCUAGAGCAGGCUGAGAUGGAGCAGGACUUUGUCGACACGUGCUAUUUCCCCAUCUUCAGGCUUCUCUCGCCUGUCAUCGAUAAAGCCCAAGCGUACGACAAGAACGUCUUCAAAGACGGUCUGGCGAAGCUGCAGAGCAAAAUCGAGAAGCGCUUCUACACGACAACCCUCGAUUUCGCUCACGAUCUAUGCGAAGUCAUCCAUGUUGGCAUUAACGCUCACUGCAGGCCGGAAAUUGUCGAUCAGUCCGGGCUUGAGCCCAUCGAUGUGUCGCCUACUAAGCAUAGCUCAUCAUACUCUGAGACUCGAGAUCGCAAGAGGCUCGGCAAGCGCAUCAUCAAGUUGGUCCAGCCACAGUUGGAGGCCGCUCUGAAGGCCGAGGCGGACAUCACGUCGAAGCAGUACGCUACUUUGCAGAAGGAACUUGAGGGCAUGAUCGACGCCAGCCUCGAGAUCAGAAAACCUGGUCUUCCUCAUCAACAGGGAGCAAUGGGCCAAGCGGCCCAGGGCGUUGUCAUGGUAGAUGCUCCGGCUGAGACUCACAUCACUGUUGCGGAUGCCCAGCUGGGUAGUGAAGCUGGCGGCGAGGAAGCCGACAAGAUGGACGUCGACGAGCUGAGCAUUGAGGUCAAGGACGAAAAUGCUGGGGAGAGCAAUGGCGGCACAGCAGAGAAUGCCACAGCUGGGGAAGACAUACCCCAUGAACCUGAAGGCAGAUUGCCCAACGGCGUGAAGUCAGCACCGACACCCCCUGAAAUGAACGGAUACACACACAUAUCCCAAGAUUCGCACCCAACUCCUCUCACACCUCCGCAGUCCAACGGGAGCCUCGGCCGCGGGAUGGAUAACACGCUCACCGAGGGCGGCAUUUCCUGGUACCUGAGGCCUUUUGAUCCCGAGGGUACAACUGCGAUUCAGGAGCAGUGGGCGGGACGCGAGGCGCUGAGGUCACUCAGCGAGGAGCUGACGGAUAUGGACGAGGAGGAGCUCAACGAUUUAGAGUUUAAUGUCGAAGACAGCACCAUUACUGCUUCA